GUGUGAGGCUCGAGCGCGCCAGCCCGGCCUCCGGCGCCUCGCGCGCGCCCUCCGCGAGGACCCGCGUGAGCUGCCCGCGCCGGUGCCUGCGCUGUUUGAAACUGCAGAGCCCGUUACGGUCUUGGGGGAACUACCGUUCCCGCUGAUUCCUGCGCACGUGCGUACCAGGGGGCUAGUGGCGGUCGCGAGGCGGCUCCUGCCUUUCUCGUCUCUGCCUCGAGGGGACUACAGCCGGCAUUUUCGAAGGGCACCACCCUCCAAUCGCAGCGCUGGCGCGGGCGGAGGCUAAAGCACGGGGGUCCUGAGACGGAGGAAAACGCGCCAAGUUCCCCUCGGUGGUGGAGUGGGGACGACCCUAGCGGUUGAGGCACUUCGCCAGCGGGACUGCUUCUCUGCGCUCCUUCCCGUCCCGGGGCAGGCGCGGCGGGCGCCGCUCCGGGGAUGUAGUUGGUGCCGGCGCGAGGCAGGACCAAGCGGCGGCCCGGGCUCCCGCUCCUGAAAGCGAAUGGUCACUCCCCCGCGGGGAGGGCGAUCUGUCCAGCUUUUUCUUGGGUCGGGGGACUCCGCGGGCUCGGGACCAGGUCUCCACGGUCGCACCCACACUCGUCCCGGUUGGACCGGCCGGCGUCACCGCCGCGGACCUCGCUGGGGGCCAUGACCAGUGCGUGAAUUCCCACAUCAGAAGCAUCCAGUGAAAUGCUCGGGAAAGAUGGAAUUCGAAUAUGAUUGGUGAUUAUAACGUCCGUAUAUAAAUCAGUAUUUGUCAACUCUUUGGUAUUUGAAGAAAAAAUGCCUGGUGUCAUACCUAAUGAAAGUAAUGGGCUUUCAAGAGGUAGUCCAUCAAAGAAAAACAGACUUUCCUUGAAGUUUUUUCAGAAAAAGGAAACUAAGAGAGCCUUGGAUUUCACAGAUUCUCAAGAAAAUGAAGAAAAGGUUUCUUCUGAUUAUAGAGGAUCUGAAAUUGAUCAAGUUGUUCCUGCGGCACAGUCCUCACCUAUGAAUUGUGAGAAGAGAGAAAACUUGUUACCAUUUGUGGGGCUAAAUAAUCUCGGCAAUACUUGUUAUCUUAAUAGUAUACUUCAGGUAUUAUAUUUUUGUCCUGGGUUUAAAUCUGGAGUGAAGCACUUAUUUAAUAUUAUUUCAAGGAAGAAGGAAGCUCUUAAAGAUGAAGCCAAUCAAAAAGAGAAGGGAAAUUGUAAAGAAGAUUCUUUGGCAAGUUAUGAACUAAUAUGCAGUUUACAGUCCUUAAUCAUUUCAGUUGAACAGCUUCAGGCUAGUUUUCUUUUAAAUCCAGAAAAAUACACUGAUGAACUUGCUACUCAGCCAAGACGAUUACUUAACACACUCAGGGAACUCAACCCUAUGUAUGAAGGAUAUCUACAGCAUGAUGCACAGGAAGUAUUACAGUGUAUUUUGGGAAACAUUCAAGAAACAUGCCAACUCCUAAAAAAAGAAGAAGUAAAAAAUGUGGCAGAAUUAACCAACAAGGUAGAAGAAAAACCUAAUCAGAGAGAGGCAAUUAAUGGGGUUAAUAGCACAGAGAUGGACAAUAUGGGGCAUGCUGAAGACUAUAAAGAAAAACUCCCAAAAGGAAAUGGGAAGAGAAAAAGUGACACUGAAUUUGGUAACAUGAAGAAAAAAGUUAAGGUAUCCAAGGAACACCAGUCAUUGGAAGAGAACCAGAGACAAACCAGAUCAAAAAGAAAAGCUACAGGUGAUAUAUUAGAGAUUCCUCCUAAAAUAGUCACUAAGCACAUUCCUGAAAAUGAGAGUGCAAGACCCUCACAGAAGAAAUCAAAAGUUAAAAUAAGUUGGUUAAAGUCUGCAACUAAGCAACCCAGCAUCCUUUCUAAAUUCUGUAGUUUGGGGAAAAUAAACCAAGGAUCCAAAGGACAAUCUAAAGAAAAUGAAUAUGAUCUUGAAGAGGACCCUGGGAAGUGUGAAAACGAUAACACAAUUAAUGGCUGUGGACUUGAAUCUCCAGGAAAUAAUGUUAAGUCCAUUAAUGAUAAUGAAGUUAAGCCCAUAAACAAAGGCACAGAGCAAAUUGGUUUUGAGCUUGUAGAGAAGUUAUUUCAAGGUCAGCUGGUAUUAAGAACUCGUUGUUUAGAAUGUGAAAGUUUAACAGAAAGAAGAGAAGAUUUUCAAGACAUCAGUGUGCCAGUACAAGAAGAUGAGCUUUCUAAAGUAGAGGAGAGUUCUGAAAUUUCUCCAGAGCCAAAAACAGAAAUGAAGACCCUGAGGUGGGCAAUUUCACAAUUUGCUUCAGUGGAGAGGAUUGUAGGAGAAGAUAAAUAUUUCUGUGAAAAUUGCCAUCAUUAUACUGAAGCUGAACGAAGUCUUUUGUUUGACAAAAUGCCUGAAGUUAUAACCAUUCAUUUGAAGUGUUUUGCUGCUAGUGGCUUGGAGUUUGAUUGUUACGGUGGUGGACUUUCCAAGAUCAACACUCCUUUACUGACACCUCUCAAACUGUCACUAGAAGAAUGGAGUACAAAGCCAACCAAUGACAGCUAUGGAUUAUUUGCAGUUGUGAUGCAUAGUGGCAUUACAAUUAGUAGUGGGCACUACACUGCUUCUGUUAAAGUCACAGACCUUAACAGUUUAGAACUAGAUAAGGGAAAUUUUGUGCUUGACCAGUUGUGUGAAAUGAGUAAGCCAGAACCACUGAAUGAGGAGGAAGCAAGGGGUAUGGCUGAAAAUUACGAUGAUGAAGUGUCAAUUAGAGUCAAUGGAAACACACAGCCAAGUAAAGUUUUGAACAAAAAAAAUGUAGAAGCUAUUGGACUUCUUGGAGGACAAAAGAGCAAAGCAGAUUAUGAGCUAUACAACAAAGUAGCUAAUCCUGACAAAGGUACCAGUACAGCAUUUGCUGAAAAUAGAAAUUCUGAGACUAACAUUACUAAUGGGACGCAUGAAUCUGAUAGGAACAAGGAAUCCAGUGACCAAACAGGCAUUAACAUUGGUGGAUUCGAGAACAAAAUUUCAUAUGUAGUGCAAAGCUUAAAGGAGUAUGAGGGGAAGUGGUUGCUUUUUGAUGAUUCUGAAGUAAAAGUUACUGAAGAGAAGGACUUUUUAAAUUCUCUUUCCCCUUCUACAUCUCCUACAUCUACUCCUUAUUUGCUAUUUUAUAAGAAACUAUAGAGUGUACGUUUUCCUUAUGUGUAUAUAUAUAUAUAAAAACAGACCCAGACAAACAUUGAUAACGUUGAUUACAUCAAAAAGAAUAGCUUAUCUUUUGAAGCUAUUGGAUACUAUUGGUCUCUAGGUUUUUGUAUAGUGAAAUUUGAAUUACUGAAAACCAUGUUAAUUUUUAGAAUUCAUUUUCUGUAGUAGAGACUAGUGAUGUAUUAGCUCUGGGAAAAAACUUGUAUAGGUUCUUAAUUGAAUUAUCCAAAAUGGAAGCAUUUAAACACUUUUCAAUUUACACCUUUUUUGUGUUCGCUUUUUAAAAUAAAGUGCUUGUAUUUGUAUCUCCAUAUUUUGGAGUAAUUACAUGUUUAUAGGUCCUGUGGUUUUUCAGCUAAGAAGCAGAAUAUCAUUUCAGUACAUUUAGUUUUAUAAGUCAUGAAGCCAAAUCUUUGAUGGGCUGUAUUAGAGGCACAAAGUCUGGAAUAUGUAUGUAUUCACAAUGGUGUGUACAUUUUGUGCCUUGGGUUGCUUUGAAAGUGUCUCAGAAAACCUGGACAGUCUUAUCUUCACAAGAAUUUUAUAUGUAUUUAUGAAGAUGAUUCUUUAGUAAAUCUUUUUGGGCAUGGACUAAUUUGUAUCUCUUCAUAGUCAUAUUCUGCACGAUCUGUAUAUAGUAUAUCAAACUUAGAGGUGUGACCUUAAGUUUAACUUUUUUAAAAAAUAAGGUCAAUAAAAUUUUAAAUGCUUAAAAACUA